AUGUCGUGGCAGCAGAUAAGAGAAAGGAAAAAAAAAUUGCUUGCUGAGGCGAUUCCGGCGGCCUGGCGCGACCCGGCGCUCAAGCGCAAGAUGCUGGACGCGGGCUACGUGAACGCGAGGGAGUACCUGGACACGGUGCUGCCCGAGGCAGAGAAGCAGAUCACACGGCUCGCGCUUGCCGAGCUGGCGUGCAAAAUCGCGGCGGGCGAGCUCACGGCGGUCGCCGUUGCGACGGCGUUCUGCCACCGCGCCGCGCUCGCGCACCAGAUCCUCAACUGCUGCGUCGAGAUCUUCUUUGACGAGGCGCUCGCGCGCGCGCGCCAGCUCGACGAGUACUACGCCGCGCACGGCAAGACCGUGGGCCCGCUGCACGGCGUGCCGGUCUCGCUCAAGGACCAGGUCGACCUGGCGGGCAAGGACUCGUCGAUCGGCUACUGCGCGCGGUUUGGCAAGCCCGCGGCCAGGAACGCCGUGCUGGCGGACCUCCUGCUCGCCAAGGGAGCCGUCUUCUACGUGAAGACGACCGUCCCGAUCGCCAUGAUGAGCGCAGAGACGGUCUCGAACCUCAUGGGCUACACGCACAACGCCGUCAACGUGAACAUGUCGUCGGGCGGGAGCAGCGGCGGCGAGGGCGCGCUGAUCGGCGCGGGCGGCUCCGUGCUGGGCUUCGGCACAGACAUCGGCGGCAGCAUCCGCAUCCCGUCUGCGGCGCAGGGCCUGUACGCGCUCAAGCCGUCCACGGGCAGGAUCUCGUACAUGCACGUGACCAACUCGUACGCGUGGCAGGAGCUUGUUCCGUCGGUCAUCGGCCCGAUGGGCACGAGCCUGGCGGACGUCCACCUGAUGUUCCGGCUGAUUGUGGAGGCAGAGCUGUGGAACACAGACCCCAAGGUGCUGGCCAUCCCGUACAAGCCUGCGGACAGCUUUGGGGGCAAGCUGCGGUUUGGCUUCUGGACGGACGACGGCGUCAAGACGCCGCAGAAGGCCAUCCUGCGGUGCCUGGGCGCUGUCGCGGAAAAACUGCAGGCCGCCGCACACGAGACCAAAAAUGUUGCUUUCGACCUGCAACCAAAGUUGCUCGACACCAUCGGCAAGGUCUACGGCGCAGACGCGUACGAGGAGAUCGCCACGACGCUCGCGCAGACGGGCGAGCCCGACAUGGAGCUGGUCAGGAGCCUGGUUGUCAAGGAGGGGAUCGACAAGCCGCUGGAUGUGACGCAGUGGUGGCAGGUCAGCAGAGAGGUGUACGAGUGCAAGCAGGAGUUCUACGCGGCGUGGAAAGAAUGGGGCGUCGACGUGCUGAUCUGCCCGAUCUGGUGGUCUGCCGGGUUCAAGCCGCACACGUCGUCGGCUCCGCGGUACACGGCGCCGUUCAACAUCGCCGACUGCGCGUGCGUGGUGGUGCCGGUGGGCAGAGUGGACUCUGCGCGCGACGGCGACGCGGACUGGGACAAGAUGCCCGUGUGCGUGCAGGUCGUGGCCAGACGGUCCGAGGAGGAGAAGGCGCUGUACGCGGCGGGCGUUGUGGACGCGCUGGUCAACGGCUAG